UGAUACACCCCUUCCCAUCUGUUCUUGGUGCGGAAGGCUGUUUUCAGUGCGGGCGCAUCUAUUUCAACACAAACCCUACCCCUUCUUCUUAAACACCUGCCCUGCCUAGGUCCAAAGCGGCACAAAGCUUAACGUCUCUUUGCCCCUGUUGCAGACAGCGCAGAAUUUGCCCUCCGUUUCGGUGGGAGAGCUCCAGCACACUAGCCGCUGAGGCUUACAAUGGACAGCGUUGGGAAGGAAAAUUGAUAAUUUUCACGGACGAGUAAUUUGAAUGAAAUCACUGUUGACAAGCAGUCUCCGAGCAAAGCGGGCGGGGGAGAGUCUGUGUGCUAAGCUUCGAGGACUGUCCUAGGUCACUACCCGUGGGUGCUUCCUGGGAACCAAAAAAGAUUAUAUCAAACACCAGAACCAAAAAAAAGGGCUUUGACCGUUCUACCGAGGGCUUUACUGAAUCACGUACCGCAGCUGCAAAAUAAAGACUAGCAACAAUGGAAGAGAACAUGGAAGAAGGACAGACACAAAAAGGGUGCUUUGAGUGCUGCAUCAAAUGCCUGGGCGGCAUCCCGUACGCCUCGCUGAUCGCCACCAUCCUGCUCUACGCCGGGGUGGCGCUGUUCUGCGGCUGCGGGCACGAGGCGCUCUCUGGCACCGUCACCAUCCUCCAGAACUACUUCGAGGUGGUGAGAGGACCCGUUGACUCCCUGGACGUCUUCACCAUGAUUGAUAUCUUCAAGUACGUGAUCUACGGCGUGGCGGCAGCCUUCUUCGUGUACGGCAUCCUGCUGAUGGUGGAGGGCUUCUUCACGACCGGGGCCAUCCGGGACCUGUACGGAGACUUCAAGAUCACCGCCUGCGGCCGCUGCGUCAGCGCCUGGUUCAUCCUGCUGACGUACAUCUUCAUGCUGGCCUGGCUGGGAGUGACUGCCUUCACCUCCCUGCCCGUCUUCAUGUACUUCAACAUCUGGACCAUCUGCCAGAACACCACCGUCAUCGAGGGGGCCAACCUCUGCCUGGAUCUACGCCAAUUCGGAAUUGUGACCAUCGGAGAGGAGAAGAAAGUCUGCACCGGAUCUGAGAAGUUCUUCAAGAUGUGCGAAUCUAACGAGCUGGACCUGACGUUCCACUUGUUCAUCUGCGCCCUGGCCGGGGCAGGGGCGGCGGUCAUUGCCAUGGUGCAUUACCUCAUGGUGCUCUCUGCCAACUGGGCUUAUGUGAAAGAUGCAUGCAGGAUGCAAAAGUACGAGGAUAUCAAAUCUAAGGAGGAACAGGAACUCCACGACAUCCACUCCACCCGCUCCAAAGAGCGACUCAACGCAUACACAUAAGACACACACUCACGCACACACACACACACACACACACACGCACGCAUACAGACGCAUACACACACAUGAACACUCACAUUCCUGUGCACGCUUGUCUCUGCUUUGCUUCGUUUUUUCGGGGUUGAUGGGGCGGGUGGGUGGGUUUGGGUUCAAUGUCCUUCACUGAGCUUUGAGUGUUUCUCAGGAUUGUCUCUGGGCGGGGCUUACAGGUCACCAUGACGACGCUCCUGGGGAUGACACUUACAUAUUUCUUCUAUUCUUCCUCCUCAUCCUCUUGUUCCUCUUCUCCUUCUACUGCACCAGUGCUUUUCACUUCAGAGACAAUUAAUUGUUUUGUUUUGUUUUUAUCUUAUUUUUUUAUGCGAGUGACUUACAAUCCUAAUUCUAACUAUUGCUGAAUUUUACCAUUUAAUUAUUAAUGUCAUUGAGUGUUCCUGGUGAUAUUUAUUUAUGGUCAUGUUGGAGGGAUGGGGUGGGUGGGAUGGUCUGGAGGUGGGGUGAUGUGUAUCUAUUGCAUUUUUCACCAUUGUGUAACUGAUUUGUAUGUUUUUUAAAAAAAGUCUCAUUUUACAGGGCUUCACUCAAAUACAUUUUUGAUUAAAAGACCAAAUUUUGACCAGACUUUUUACAGGUAUCAUUUACAGGUGAAUAACACAAGCUGCCCUUUGAUGAGCAUCAACAGUAUAAAUGUACAGAUUCUUUUCCAGCAAAUUCUGUAUUGGAUAAGAUUGCCAGCGAUUUUUAAAAAAAGAACCUUAAAGUGACUUUUUUCAUACUGUCAUACUGUAGCUCGGCGUAACCGCCAGAGAAAAUAGCUGUUUACCAACUAUGUCAAGUCUGCGAUGGCACUUUGACGUUGAUCUUUGAAAAUGUCAGUUUGUGUGAAAGUGAAGGGAAGUAAUUACUGAAAUGGUAAUUUCACAGGAGGUUUAUUAUUGUGAUGAUGACGAUGAAGGUGAUGAUGAUGAUUAUGAGGUCAAAGGAGGCAGGAUACGGAAUCUUUUUUUCAGAAAGAUCGGCUUUUUUAGGAUUUGCCUCGGACAGACUCUGUACAUAAAACCACGCUUUUCCAUCCAAGCCAUGCAGUCACAUGCAAAUACCAUUUUUACAGUGUUUUUUUCUUUUUUUCUUUGUUUCAAGCAAGACUUUUUAAAAGCAAAGUAUUUUUUGUCAGUAUUCUGCACUGUAUAUAUAUCUCUAUAUAAAAUAUAUACAUAUAUGUUCAGACACUUCAAUUUCAGGUCAUUUCAUAAGAUCAUAAAACACAUCUCAGUGGUAAUAUCUGGGUGAUAUUCUUCUGCCAGUUAAAAUUUUGAAAAAAUCUUGAAGUGUGGGUGAGUUCAGGUGGCAUCCCUGUGGUGGCCUUCGAUCUCAAUGGGGAAAAAGAGGAUAUCACACAUAGAACGAAACAAAACUUGGUUGUUAAGCUACUUACUAAACGACAUUAAAUGUCACUUUAAAAAAAAAAAAAGUAUAAAUAUAUAUAUUAUUCUUGAUUAUGGACCAAACUUGAUGUUUUGGAUCUGUCUUGCCUACA